UCGUACAGUCAUAGAAUAGAAAUAAAACAUUCUUUCGUCGAUGUGGUGUUUUGAUCAUCGUCAAUUCCAACAGGAAACAUACUAGCUCGUUUACAGCUCUUAACAUUAAUUUGAGAGACACACUUUCAAACCAGUUUGAUCGAUAUGUAGUGACUUGCUAAGGCAUUAGUGAGCAGACCACGACUAGCAGUAGAAAAGGAACCUGGACUGUUCGCGCUGGGAUGAGAAGGAGGGCUAUACAGAAGUGGCACAGCAACGCGUCUUCAAAAUCGGAUUAGUCAUAUUUCUUGCCUGUCGUGGCUGUGGCAUUAUGGAAUUCGAGGACAGUGGACUACUGUUGGGGUCUUCCAACUGGAGUAAGACAAUGUAAGACCUGUACUCAAGAUACAUUGAACUCUCCUCUCCAAAAUAAUACAAGGUCCAAUCGACGCUGAUGGAAGCGUUAGUUGUGGAGUUUCCAUUCAUACGAGUAAUGCUCCUCCUCCACGCACGGCGUCCAAUCAGGAAGCACGCCACUCCACGUGACACCAACUAGUGGGUAAUCCCAAACCAUUUCGAUAUGUGAAUGUCAGUUCAAAACUUUCAGGUGCAAGGAUAAGAUGUAUCGUUCUUGCAAAGGACAGUAUUAUUAGUGCGUUAUCAGUUUGGACUAAAAGCAAGGAUUCUCACCUCUCGUCACCAUUGAACUAAAUUUGUGGAAUAAGUUCACAUCAGCAACAUGUUACAGAAUGGAGCUUGAUAUAUCCGGCUAGCAUGGGGCAUGGAUGUGAGAAGAUGGUUUAGAAUUAGAAGAAAGUUGUUCGCAUUCAGUGUCAUGUUGGGAAUAGUUUUCUUUAGUGUUUACACGCUCAGCUUUACGUGCUGUGCCGUUAUCAAGCCCGGGAUGCGCGCUCAAGGCUCCAGUAUCAUCAUCUAUGACGGCGACCCUGACGAGUCCACCGCGAGAGACCUGCGGUACGCCAGGGGACGAUUCUUACAAAAAACACUACUACAAGACUCAAAUGGAGAAUACAUAUUCAGUGGAGAUUCAAACAAGAGAGGGAAAGGUGAUAUCAAACUCAGGCUUUAUAUGGUGAAGAGUAAAAAACCCAAGGAUACUGUCCAACAACAACAUGAUUUUGUGGAUACUGAUUUAAAUAAAAAUGAUGAUUAUUCUUUACCCCCUCCUCGGACAAUACCAAAGGUUGGUCCUGUUGCUGGGACUCGAGCAUCGUACGGGUCUGUAAAGGAGACGAGGAAGUUACCGCAGGCCAUCAUAAUUGGCGUCAAAAAGGGAGGUACCAGAGCCCUAUUGCAAUUUUUACGUUUACACCCGGAAAUCCGAGCCGCUGGAAAGGAGGUGCACUUCUUUGAUCGCUACUAUCACCUUGGAUUAGAAUGGUAUAGAAAUCUGAUGCCUCCAACGUUACCUAGCCAAAUCACGAUGGAGAAGUCACCAAGCUACUUCGUCACGAAGGAGGUGCCCCGUCUCAUUUAUAACAUGUCGAAGGACAUGAAACUCAUUAUAGUCGUCCGAGACCCCGUGAUACGUGCAAUCUCAGACUAUACACAAGGUGCAUCAAAAAACCCAUCACAAAAACCGUUUGAACAAUUGGCCUUCUUGAACGUGACGACAGGCCUGGUGGAUACGUCCUAUGGUGCUAUUCGUGUGGGGGUUUACGCCAAACACCUAGAGCGAUGGCUCAAGUACUUUCCACUGCAACAAAUGCUAUUCGUGAGUGGGGAAAAAUUAAUAUCAGACCCCGCGGCCGUCAUGGCCGAGGUGCAAGACUUUUUAGGGAUCAAGCAAAUUAUAAACAAAAAUCAUUUUUAUUUCAACGAGACGAAGGGUUUCCCUUGCCUCAAAAAGAGCGAGGGGAGCUCGACGCCACACUGUCUUGGCAAAACCAAGGGUCGGACUCAUCCAAAGGUGGACCCGAAAGUAUUACAACGGUUACGGGACUUCUUCAGACCGUUUAAUGCCAAGUUUUAUCAAAUGACCAACAAGGAUUUCGGGUGGCCGUGAUGGUAGCACAGACUGGUGAUGCAAGUAGUGUCGGAUACCUUUGCAAGCAUUGACUUUGCGACUGAGACUUCAGGGAUACAAUGAGGUGAUCCGAAAGAAUGGCAGACAUUCACCGAUCAUAAUGCAAUGAUAGAAGUGGAGAGAGAGUUUGCAUGUAAUGUAUGUUUCUAGUGAUGAUGCCCUUGUGUUAAUGUCAAUGUGUGUUGGUCGUGCUGGGGAUACUCUGGCCUGUGAUAAAAUAGAUUCUUACACCAUAUCAAAACCAUCGGGUGCACGGCUAUAAGGUAUGUUUGCUCACAAUCAAUGCAUUAGCUGCAAGGAACCAUGAGCUGUGACUUCUAGCAAUCCCUCAUAUUGAGGGGAGAGUUACAACCUUAGGACAAGGACUCUGGCUCCUAAAUACGUGUUUCUACAGAGAGUAACCUGACACUGUGAGGUUCCAGGGAAGACGCGGGCCCGAGAUGGCCAUCUUGGAAGAGCAGGCUACUAGCCUUAUAUUAUAACGAGACUACCUCAUAUUCCCGCGUGUCAUAUUAACCUUCAAACAACCAAGUACUCGAGCUGAUCACCUCGCCAUGACCCAAUUUGACAACUUUAUUUUUGUUCUUGUAAAAAUAUUGUAAAGAGAAGAUCGGGGAUAAAAUGGGAGACAGGGGCUUUCCAUAAAAAUAUUUUAUUUCAUGGUAUAUUUGCCAUAGUAAACUUAAUUUUUUCCAACCGAAACUCCCAACUUUGUUGUUGGAUAAAGCAAGAUAUAGCAUACAUGUAUGAAAACCAGUGUCCCACCACCUCACAGCUUCAGGUUACGAGAGUAUACAACUAAGCCAUGACAACAAACUUCAUGCAAUGAAGUCAUGUCAAUAUUCCCGAUAGAGGGAGCGCACAAUUGCUCACGACCUUGUUAGUGUGUGUCAAAUGAUUGUACAUGUUAAGUAUACAUUUCUGGUGGUCUUGAAGGUUGUAGAUAAUUUGUACAUUUUAAAUUCUUUUUAUAUACAAGACGCACUGGAGGUGUUACCCACCGAAUUAUCAGAAAUCCACUCUAGAUUUUAACUUUGAUCCAUAUCAUCCCAAACUGGUAUCAACCAACCAUUUCGGCUUAAAACGUGUCAGUUUGUGAUGAAAUAGAAAACGGAGUUAUUAGGAAAUAAGUCCUAUUAUUUUGGACCGUUCACCAGCGGUGUUUACUACUUCACAAGAUUUUGUCUCUUUUGGUGGUGUUGUCUUUUAUAAUUAGUUCGCCAUCAGAAUUUUAAAGCCUUUAAUGGUUAUAUUAGGGGAAAAGCCAGAAAGUCAGCACUGUCUGGUUUGCACAACCAAAAGCAGCGUGUGCUCAGUUAUUAUAAUCUCAAAUUGUAAAUAUAAAUUGUAAAUUAUUUGUCAGUACAGUGUGGUCAGUAUUGAUGGGUCUCCUUCAGUUCAGAUUAAUAAUUUUCGGGAAGGGAUUUGAUGUUAAAUAUUACAUCCAUCUGUAGUGCGACUCACUACGAAUCACCUAUGAGUGGAUAUCAUUGCCUUCUGAAGCCAUUUACAGACAGCAGUAGGAUGGAUGGCAUAGCAGUAGGAUGAAUAUCAUGGCAUUUUGAAGCCAUUUACUUACAAAAGUAUUUGGUUGGGGAGGAAAUCAAUUAGUUAAACGGGGCUAAAUGAUAAUCUUCGUCACAGCCAUCGAAUUCUCCCGAUAUUUCAGUCGGGUUUACUCGGGACUUUCCGUGCUCUCCUUAAUGUCGGUUGGGUGAAUCCUGGUCGAAGUGGUGCUUUAUGUAAACCUGUACAUAAGAUAAGAUGUACAUAAUCAAUGUAAGAUGGUGGGGUUGAUGUUUGGUCAGUUAUCUUUACCAUUUUAAUGGCGGAGUAAUUCCCAUACCGACAGAGGUUCAAGUUGGGAUUGGAAGAUUUGUCAUAUCAUGCAAGAUAGAACAGGUUAUAUUGAAUGAUAAUUUUCCGAUGACAGUAUCACUGUGAAUAUACGUUGUUACAAAUCUUCCAAGGGAAUAUGUAUUCACUUACACUUUCUUAGUGAUGAGUCAGUCUUGUCAAAAGGUGGCCUCAGUCAAAGAGCACCAGAGACGGGUUUUUAAAUAACUGUUUUGUUCUUCAGAUCAUAAAGAUAUAUUUCCCGAGGUAUCCAAAAUGUUGAGUUAGCGGUUCCUAGAUUAAUGAUCACAAAAAAAACACGUAAAAUAUAUAUACGUUUAGAAACUGCACCAGAUUGUUGUUACAGUGCCGUGGUUAUCUUACAAUGCACUGUGACCGUACAUUAUUGUAAUGACGUGCACCGUACCCGUACUACGAGCGUAUUGAAGAACCUGUAUGUAAUGCACGGUGACUGUACAGUAAUUUACAAUGCACUGUGGCCGUACAUCGAUGUAUUUAAAACAGAAAAGGAAAAGGUGACGAAAACGGCAACCUGUGGUCCCAUUUUGUACCACCUAUUCACUUUAAUAUGUUUUGUUAUGACAAUCAAACCUUGGGAUUCAGAGGUUGUUGGGCCUUCAUCAUUCCUACUUGUUGCAACAGCCAUAAUAACCAUGGCCAACCUCCCGACGAACAGCAAUGUCAAAGCCUUUCUGUGGAAAGGUAAGUUGGUGGACCAAUAAGUGUUCCCCAGAGACUGCAUCGUUUGAGUAAGUAGCGAACGCAAGGCAAUGGCAUUUUGUUCGCCAGCUGACCAAGCUUGUUGUUCAACUGACCAUGGAGGUAUCCAUGAACUGACCAACCAGUUUGAUAAACAUCAUUACUAUUAAUACUAAGUCAGAUAUAUGACAUCGUCCGGGAGAAUUUGGUUAAUUCGAUCAACUCAUGCAAUCAGGCUUCAUGUAACUUUAUACAUUUCAUACUUGUGUUGUACCAGGUUUUUUCUCUGUUACGAAAUCUUUUAACAUAAGUUCACAAUUUUCAGGUAUGUCUCUGCCUAUCUUUGCAAACUAUUUCAUCCCAAAUUGUCAACUCGUGCAGUGUGAGUGAAACGCCCUUAUGGUCAUUGUUACAAACUAGCCAACAUGCCGCCAGUCUACCAUCCCCCUCCCCGUACCAAAAUAACAUGCGUGCCGUAUAAAUGUAUCGUUCAGUUAAAGUCCAUUUGAGAUAACAACAACCGAUUCGAACCUCUUCCAUGUUCCCCAAACAAAGCCGCAUAUAAACACAUCAUAAACAGCUAACCAAGUAGAACUAACCUUGCAUGCUGAUAUCUGAAGUGAUUGACCCAAAUCUUUUGGUAAUGCUAAAGUUGCUCCUCCUUUAGCUAACAGUUCGUCGCCUUUGUAGAGUAACUAUGAAAUAAAUACAAAGCGGAGGUGGUGAGUCAGCCUUCUUUGAUCUGCAGUAGCAUUGUGCGAGAACCAGCAGGAUCUCAUGGCCUUAAUUAGAAAUCCAUGCUAAUUAACACAAUAUACCGUCUAAGGAGUAUUAAAUUCACCAUAUUGUCAACUCUUAGGAAAAGGCAAGAGAAAGGUCAUAUGCUCACGUGGAUGGCGACACGGCCUUAUAUCCCUGUUUUUCAGCAGAUCAUUUCAUUCAGUCAUGUAAGUUUAGGCCAAGACACCACCCAGCAGGAAACUGCAAACCAGCCAACAAUGUGCACACAUGUUGUAUCGUUAUGAGUCUGCACCAGCGUCGAUUCCCCAAAGUGAGCCAACGCUGUGAAGUAACUCCCAAUAUUCUUAAUCAAGCUUGGAACCGGUGUGCCAGUUUAAUAAGAUCUUUUGGGAAUAUAAAGGAAACAUGUGCCAGUCUUGAAACCAAUCAAACCGACUCAGUUAUAAGACCUCGCAUUGUAUGGCGAUGUACGUGGUGGAUAAUCAAACUGCUCUCUUCAUCAGUGUUUCUCAACAGAUACACUUGUAGAAGCUGCUUACGUGUGAUUAGACUUAACAAACUGGACAGAUUUCUGGGUUUAGCAAGAUGUGACUUGAUGAAGAUCAUUAAAGCACUGAAUGAUGUAUUUGAGCUACAACGUGCGAUUAAGCUGAAACACUGGUGAUGAAGUGAGCUCACGCCCUUCUUGACAUCAACUGGCGUGCAUUUUGGGCCAAAGCACCCCCAAACAGUGGUGACAUUACCAAUGUCACUUUCUCCGCGUUACUUCGUAGAGAGAUUAAGAUUUGGAAGUUGUCCAUAGCUAAGCUGCAAAAUACUUAUGAGAUUAUUUUAAAAAUUGUUUACAACAAACAGCUUUUGACGGUAAGGACAACGUAUUUUCUUAGUAUUUGUAUUAUUCCUCAAGCCAGAUUCAUAUCAAAAUAUCUACAUAGCUACCCUUCUCAUUUCCCAAUAAGCGUGUGCUGAUGCUGCAACCGACUUGCUUACUUAUUUUAAUGGUGCUAAGAAUGAGCUAUGCAUGUAGAGUUUCGCCAUUGAGUCCUCAGCAGCAGUGCAUAAGCCCUAUCACCGGCUUUAGAGGAGACUUGGACGAGCACGCGAGUUGAAUGCAAAACUAGGAUAUAGACCAAACCCUUUUACAACCAAACCCUUUUACAUUGUUUGAAGUCAAAUCUCAAGUUAUUACACUUCAUAGAUUUAUUGUUAUUUUGUCUGUGGAGCAUUACUCCUUCCUGGUACAAUGCAGAUAUGAAGAACAACCAGCAGAUAGGUAAAUUCAUAUGUAAAUAUUUUAUUUCUUGGGCAAAUCAAACAUUUUGUUUUCGUAUCAGUCGAGCUUUGGAAGGUUUAUUUGCUACACCAUGGUACUGUUCUUGUUUAAGACGGAAUUAAAUAUUUUUUCUGUAAA